AUGUUGUUGUUGUUGUUGUGCCUGCUGGCUACGACGACAACACCAGUUUCAGCUGGUCUCCCACCUCCCCAAUGUCUAUGUCUGAGAAUGUUCACGGUAAACAGACUGGACUAUAUCGAGACGGAUAGUUGCGACACGAGUAAACAAUACAACUGCACAGCACCUCACAAUCAAUGUGAUCCAAACUAUGCCUUCACCUCCAACGAUGGCUACAACAAACUAUACGUUGGCGAUUGUCCCAACUUGCCCUACGACGAAGACGAAGACGUCCACAUCCUAGGCAGUGUCUGUUGUCAAUGUGCCAAAGGCUACAUCAUGAACAAUCAAGCGGAUUGUGUACUCCCAGUUGUAGAUCCAUGUCAGACUGCCAACUGCGCUGGUACUUGCCAGAACUCUGGCGGUACGGCAGUAUGUUCUUGUGCCCCACCUUUGAUACUUGGAACUGAUUAUAAGUCAUGCUUCCAGAAUGUUUGUUCCACUGCCAAUGGUGGAUGUCAACAAAGUUGCGAGAGUAUUGAUGGAAAGGCCAAGUGCACAUGUGCCCAGUACUACUCAUUGGCCGCCAACAACAAAUCAUGUAUCCAUGAUCCAAUCAACAUCACAGCCAUCACUCACCCUGACAUAUACUUUAAUGAAGCUGGCAACAUAACAAUCAUUGGCGCUGGCUUCAAUGUGUUGCCAAACUCAAAUGUAUCGGCAUCAAUUGGUGAUGCACUAUGCAAGCGCGUCAAGGUCAUCAACUCAACACAUAUUGUUUGUCAAUUUGCUGGUGAUGCCACACCAUCAGUCGACAGCAACUCAUUGUCUGUUAAUGUAACAAUCGAUGGCGCCAAGGCAUCCAAUCAGUUGUUCUUCUACACUCAAUACGUUCAAUGUUUGAAUGGAUGUAGUGGACAUGGCACAUGUAACAACAAGACUGGCGAGUGCACUUGUGAGCCAGACUAUGGUCGAACCGACUGUUCGUUCAACAAGCAGACCAACAACCUGCCACCACCCACCAUCGACGAGUCAGGCGGUACUUUGUUCCCAAUAUCCGAGGGCAAGGGAAGCAACUUCACACUCUCCAUCAUGUUCCUUCGUGAGCUCGACAAUCUUGACCGCCAGGUCAAGUUGCUAAAGAUGUCCGAAAUCAUUUGGACCGCACGCAAUGUCACUCCCGACUCCAACACCUAUCACUACCGAGGCGUGUUCCCCAACGACACGGCCACAUUUGAGGUGCAGAUCGACUACUUCAAGGAUGCAACAAAGGUCGACUUUGCCGGCGAGACCAUUCAGAUCCUGGACAACUCGAUCAAGUACACGAUAAGCAUUCAGAACUGGCGCUUCAACAGCACGCUCAACACGCUCCAUAUCGUGUACAGCACCAAGUCAUCCAACCCCUGCGCUGACAUGACCGUCGACAAGAAUGUGGGCAUCUCCAACAGCUCGUCGCCAUACCCAUUCCUCGACGUUGCCGAUGGCACUGGCGCAGUGAUGCAAGGUCGUUUCGCCAGCAGGAUGUUGAUCGACGAGAGGAUCGUCAAGAGUCUCUUUGUGCACCUGCCGACCACAGACAACCUCUACCAGCUGCUCCCCAACGACUCGUUGUCGACUACAUUCAACGUGUUGACGGCCAAUGUGCUACCGGCAUUCAGUCGUCGCGCCAAGGUCGAUCCAAACUUUGGUGUGAUGGUUGCAAUCAAUGGUGUUCGCGACCAGUGUAGCGAGUCGGACAACAAGAUCGGCUGGAAAAUACCAGUGAUCGUUGUAUGUUCUGUCGUCGGAGCUGCCUUGGUAGCUGUUUCCAUCGCAUUCAUUGCAAGGUCCAAGUUUGUCAUGUUGAAGAUGAGCCAAAUUAGAAUGAAGAAUAUCGAAUAA